ACAACAAAAACAGAACCCUCAACUCUAACCGCAGCUGCCGCAGCUGCUUCUUCUUCUUCACUUCUACUUCUCGGCCAUGGCGGCGCCACCGGCCAAUGAGAUAUCUGCGUCGGGACGGACCUCAGAAAAGUUCAACCUCACAUCACUGCAAUCCAUGAUGAAAGUUGACCCCGAAGGAUAUGGUUCCGAGCUGUUGCUUGUUUACGAUCAAUUUAAAUCGUCUCUCGACCUAUUUCAGCAGCAAUCGGCGUUGAAUUACACUUCUAUUAGUGGAAUCUCCGUCGACUCGUCCGUCGCCAAGGACUUGGGCGACCGGGCAAUGUUUUUGGCUCAUGUUACGCCGUUUUACCCCAAGGAAUUGGCCCAAUUUCCGGCUGAAUUGGUCCGCUUUCUGGAAGCUUCCGCGCGGAGUCUGCUCUCGGGUCUCAGGGUGCAAGUGACGCAAGCGUUGAUACUUUUGAUGAAUCGGAAGAUCAUAGAUAUUGCUGAGACACUAGAAGUAUUCAUGGUGCUCCAGACACUGGGGGAUAAAGUGCUACAGCAAUUGGCAUUUUCCCAUGUUAUUCAAAGCAUUAGGCGCAUGAAUCAGAAACAUAAGAACGAUCCGAAAAAUAAGGCACUUCAGAACAUUUUGUUUGGAAUGCUGCAGCAAGAGGAUGAAGCAAAAGCUAAGCGAGCACUAAUUACCCUGUGUGAUCUCCAUCGGAGGAAAGUUUGGGCUGAUGAUAGGACGGCAAAUGCUAUAUGUAUGGCAUGUUUUCAUCCAUCGACAAGGAUCAUGAUUGCUGCCUUGUCGUUUCUUCUUGAUUUUGAGAAGAUUGAAGAUGAUGAUAGCGAUGAUUCUGACAGUGAAGAUGACCCAGCAACCCCACAGCCUCAAGUAUUACUGAAUAAAGAAGCUAUGUACAAGGCAAACCAUAAAGGCACAACAUCAAGCAAAAAAAAGAAGAAGGCAAAACUGCAGCGUAUUGCCCGAAGUAUGAAGAAGCAGCAGCGUUUAUCAUCCGAGAAAAGUAACACAAAUUACUCCUCACCACUAAACCAUUUGAAAGAUGCACAGGGUUUUUCCGAGAAGCUGUUUUCUCGCCUGCAGUCUAGCAACAGUGAAAGGUUUGAGGUUAAAAUGAUGAUGCUUAAAGUAAUUGCACGAACUGUUGGCCUUCACCACCUGAUUUUGUUGAACUUCUACCCGUAUCUUCAAAAAUAUGUCCAGCCACAUCAACGUGAUGUUAUAACUCUACUUGCAGCAGCUGUUCAAGCCUGCCACGAAAUGGUACCACCUGAUGCAGUUGAACCAUUGUUUAAGCAAAUAGUAAACCAAUUUGUACAUGAUCGAUCACGACCGGAGGCCAUCACUGUUGGGCUGAAUGUAGUUCGCGAAAUAUGUCUUCGCAUGCCUUUGUUGAUGACUGAAGAACUGCUCCAAGACCUUGUCUUAUAUAGAAAGUCACAUGAGAAAGCAGUUUCUGCUUCUGCUCGAUCGCUUCUUACACUAUUUAGAGAGGUUUGCCCAUCAUUAUUAGUCAAGAAGGAUAGAGGGAGGCCUGCUGAACUGAAAGCUAAACCUAAAGCCUAUGGUGAGGUCCAUGUUCCUAGCAAUAUUCCAGGCGUUGAGCUAUUGGAAGAAGAAGAUCAAGGGAGUAGUGAUGAGGACAUUGAUGGGGAGACCUAUGAUGAUUCUAUAGCUGAUGAUAGUCAAGAAGAUGAUUCUGUUGAUCUUGUUGAAGAGGAUGGAGAAGGUGAAAGUAAUGGUGGGGGCUCCAUCGGUUCUGAUCAUGAACCGGAUGAUGGCAGUGACGAAGAUGAAGUCUCUGAUGGAGAUGAUUCUAAUUACAGUGUUGAUGGUGCUAGUGAAAUCGGUGAUGAAGAAGAGAGUGAAGAUGAUGAUGAUGAUGAGCAUAGUAUUGGGAAGGAUGCCGAUGUUGAUAGCAAUAAAUCAAAACAAAAGAAAAGGAAGUUCUCUGAUUUUGAGGGACAGUUGAAUGCUGCCAAUAGCAGUCUUCGUGCUUUGAAGAAAUUAGCAGGAACGACCGAGAACGUCUCUUCAUCCACAAAUGAUGGAAUUCUUUCUAAUGAGGACUUCCAAAAAAUCAGAGAGCUGAAGGCUAAGAAGGACGCAAGGACUGCUUUGACACAACACGGUUUCAAGCUUCCUAGCUCAGACCGACUUAGCCUCAAGAGGGUAGAUGCUGCUACACUCGAGGCACACAUAAAGAAAAAGUUAACAAAGGAAGAGAAAUUGGCUUUGAUAAGAGAAGGAAGGGAGGACAGAGGGAAAUAUCAGGCUCGCAGCGCUCUAAAAAAGAAAAAGACUGGUGGGUUGAGCAAUCGGCAAAAGGAGCACAAAAAGCUCAUGCCCGAUGCUGCAAGAAAAGCCAGGAUAACAAGAACUCGGCAACAGAAGAAGAUAAAACAAAAGCAUUCUGGCAAACAAUUCCGCGGAAGGAAAGCAUGGAAAUGAUUUCUGCAGUCUGGCAAUAGGUUCGUGUUUUACUCGUUACCUUUUCUUCCAAAUCUUGACAUGGAGGGUAUCUGGAGACGAGUAUCGUGUCGUGUAGAAGUAACAAGAUCUUUUAAAUUUGGCUUCAAAUUUUGUUCUUCAUAUAAAGGAAGAUAUCUAACUUGCCUUCAGAUUGAAAAUGAAGGCUUGUUGAAGUUUUGUUGAGAUUUUUUAGGUUUAGGGUAUUGAAUUUUGUUUAUUGAUUAAUGAUAGAAGUAUUUUGUUUUGGAA